ACAUCUCGCGAGACCGGGGUGCAUGAGCGGCUAUCGGCCGGCUAGGGCUUGCAGGGAAGAUGGAGCAUCCCGCGCUGGGCACGGUGCAGGCCGCGGACAGCGGCGGGGCCCGGCCAUACAGCAGCCUGGAGGAGCGGGAGGGCCGGGAACCGGACGGGCUGCGCUUCGACCGCGAGAGGGCGCGCCGCCUCUGGGAAGCAGUGUCCGGGGCCCAGCCGGUGGGGAGGGAGGAAGUGGAGCACAUGAUCCAGAAGAACCAGUGUCUCUUCACCAACACCCAGUGCAAGGUUUGCUGCGCCUUGCUCAUUUCUGAGUCCCAGAAGCUGGCCCACUACCAGAGCAAAAAACAUGCCAACAAAGUGAAGAGAUAUCUAGCAAUCCAUGGAAUGGAGACAUUAAAGGGGGAAACGAAGAAGCUAGACUCAGAUCAGAAGAGCAGCAGAAGCAAAGACAAGAACCAGUGCUGCCCCAUCUGUAACAUGACCUUUUCCUCCCCUGUCGUGGCCCAGUCGCACUACCUGGGGAAGACCCACGCAAAGAACUUAAAGCUGAAGCAGCAAUCCACUAAGGUGGAAGCUCUGUCGAAACGCCUUACAAACCCUUUCCUUGUGGCCUCCACCUUAGCCUUGCACCAGAAUAGAGAGAUGAUAGAUCCAGACAAGUUCUGCAGCCUGUGCCACGCGACUUUCAAUGACCCCGUCAUGGCUCAGCAACAUUAUGUGGGCAAGAAACACAGGAAACAGGAGACCAAGCUCAAACUUAUGGCGCACUACGGGCGGCUGGCAGACCCCGCUGUCACCGACUCAUCGGCCGGGAAGGGCUAUCCCUGCAAGACGUGUAAGAUAAUGCUGAACUCCAUAGAACAGUACCAAGCGCACGUCAGCGGCUUCAAACACAAGAACCAGUCACCAAAAACAAUGGCAUCACCUCUGGGCCAGAUUCCUGUGCAAAGGCAGCCCAUUCAGAAAGACUCAACCACCUUGGAAGGCUAAAGGUGUUUCUGUACAGCACCCCAGGUUGAACCAGCCAUGAGCCAGCUUCCUGUAACUAUGGUCAGCCCUUGGCUCUUUCUUCCUCCUUUCUUACACCUGGAGAAUACGUAGGCCUGAGGCAGGAGUGGACCACAGACAGCCUCUGACUGGUCCAGGCAAAUCCGCCCCUGCCCCUCCCCUUUGGAAUGGGCCCUGAAGGUCAGGGUAAGGCUAGAAGGGAUCUUGACAGGACGUGGGUUGUAGUUUGGAGUUUGGCCUUUCCCGGUCCCCAGCCCUUCUGGGCCAUAUGUCAUGAGGCCCCAGGCCUAUCUUUUCCUCUGCAAGUCAGUUUUGGACCAGUCUCUGCAGCUAAAGAGCUGAGCUCUCCCUGGGCUCUAGGUGUCUCCAGUGAAACCUGGAGCUUCCAUGCCAGACCUUGGCCUGGGCAGGAGAGGGCAGAUGGAAGCGGCUGCCACACGGAAGCUUAGAGUUAAUGUUACACUCCCCCUCCCCCAAAAAAGUUUCCUUUUGCUGAGCCUGGGAUCAGAUGCUGGCCAGUUACACAGAUUUCUGCCCACCGUGAAGUCUCCACCUGGAGCAGUUACACGGUCCUGGCCGAGCAUUGCUGUCCCCCUCGCCCUCGUCCUCCACAGUUCCUGAAUGGUGCUAAGGAUCUGCAGCAACUGGGGACACACUAGAGCUGACGGAGGCCUCAGUACCCAGUGGGAUCAUCAGAAGCUCCAGUAGGGGCCUUUUCCCUCCUCCAUCAGAGGUGCUCUGACCCAGGGUCAUAUGAGGAAGUCUCCACCUGCAAAUUUCCUUGAUGGUUCUGUGCCCUUAAAGGCAACCUGCCUCCUGCCAGCCAGCUUAGAGGUUAGUUGCUGCCCUUCGGCCCUACUGGCCCUCUCCUUCCCCUUGUGCAGCAGACCACCUGCCCAGGUUGCUAUGGUGCUAGUCCUCCCCCAUCAUCCACCAGGAGAUUCUGGGUACCAAGGGGCAGGAUGGGUCCCCAGGAGAAGAAGAGAGCUAGUGUAAGUUUCUGCGGUGAGUGAGGAAACAGACGUUUCCCUGACCCCACACCUAGAUUUCUCUAGCACGGCUAUGUUUUACGGCCUGGGACGUCCCUGGGAGUGGACUUUACCUCGGAGCUUUCAAACAGGAAUUCCAGGGAGGGUCACCAUCUGAGGUUCCUCUUCACUGGGGCAAAGAAGCCCCCAGCUGCUCUCGUGGCCUCCUCCCCACGCUCCCUCUCCCUUGGCCUGUGAAUGCCUUUACGUAUUGUGUGUGGAUAUGUGUGUGUGCACUCAUGCUCUCUCUUGAUCACUGAAGCACCUAAAUAAAGAAUUUCUCCCAUGAGCCAGAUUGCAACUGAACAGACCUGGGAUUUGGA